UGGCGGAAUCUUUAUAGAAAAUUCUGAAGUCAUGACUACCUUUUGUUGGCGGAAUUUAAUGUACCGCGUUAGUUCCCGGCUACACCUUUCAGAUAUGAAGAAAAGGCGGUAUGGUAAAGAUUGCGGGAUUUUGUUUAGGUAUAAAAGGGAUAUAACUGUUCAUGACCAAUCCUGAUAUGAUUUUAUUUUCCCUCUGUUUCACAUUCUCUCUUUUAAGAUGGGCUUGUUAUCGUGGGUGUCCACUCUGCCAAGUUCCCCAACGAAAAGGUAAGCCCUUGUCAUAUUCUAUUUCAAGAAAUGUGAUCUUAAUAAUUGUGUUCUUCAUUAAUAUUGCAACACACAGCACAUCUUUUCCAUUAUUAAAGGGAUAGUUUACACACAAUUUAAGUCAUGGUACUUUAAAAAUUCCUUGCCUCGAAACUACUCUGGAACAGGACCAGGCCAGAUUGCAAUCCACACUCUGGGUGUGUAUGCGUAGUCACAAGUACUAUUCGCAAACAUUGGCACUGAACAAAAACAAUAAAAGUGAAUGGUAGAAAAAUCGUAUUUGUAUAAUAUUGAAAUGUUAGCCGUUGGAGGUGGUAGCUAAGUAGGUAAACAAAUCCAAAGUAUGUGUAUGGAAACAGCAAGUGAUAUUGUAAUUCAAGUCAACUAUGCCAUUAACCAUAAAAUGUUUUACUGAGUUGAAUGGAUUUUACCUCCUGUUCAAGGUGCUGCAGAACGUGCAGAGCGCUGUGCUCCGCUACAACAUCACCCACCCGGUGGUGAAUGACGGAGACGCUCGGCUGUGGCAUGAGCUGGAGGUGUCCUGUUGGCCCACCCUGGUGCUCAUUGGGCCCAGGGGCAACCUGCUCUUCUCGCUGGUGGGAGAGGGUCACCGCGAGCACCUAGCGCUCUUCACCAGCACCUCCCUCCGACACUAUGGGGACCAGGUCCUGCUUAGUGACCACCUUGUGGGGACCAAGCUUUACAGGGACUCUCUGCCCCCAUCGCUUCUUUCGUUUCCCGGGAAGGUAGCAGUGGAUUCCAGUAGCAAGAGACUGGCUAUAGCAGAUACGGGCCAUCAUCGGGUACUGGUGGUGUCCAGCAUUGGGCAGGUGCUGUACUCUAUAGGAGGUAAGGGCUGGAGCAUCGCCUCAAAAUAAAUCAAAUGAAUGGGGAUGCCCGUUUUACACAUUCUAAUUCUAUGAUCGCCUUAAGUCUUGACAGAGCUUGUGGUGGAGAAAUCUAAACAUGCCAGUGGGGAAUAGAACAUGCUGUAUUUUCUGACCCAGUUGAAAGGUGGAGAGUCAGAAGAAUCUUAGACAUAUUUAUGUAGCCAAUCUAUUAAGGCGAUUUUUUUAUGUCACACAACACCUAAACCCCUGCUUUGAAAGCAGGAAUAAGAAAUGGAGCACUGUUAAACAAUUGUUAACCCCCUAGAGUCGAUCUACGUAACAUAAUAAAAAAAUCACCAUCAAAAUCCGUCAGUUUAAGCUAGAGAUACGUUUUUUUGCAUUUGAUGCGUCUCAUUCUGUCAACCAGUUUCAUGAGGUAGUCACCUGGAAUGCAUUUCAAUUAACAGGUGUGCCUUGUUAAUUUGUGGAAUUUCUUUCCUUCUUAAUGCGUUUGAGCCAAUCAGUUGUGUUGUGACAAGGUAGGGGGGGGGUAUACAGAAGAUAGCCCUAUUUGGUAAAAGACAAAGUCUAUAUAUAUAUCAAAUAAGCAAAGAGAAACGACAAUCCAUCAUUACUUUAAGACAAGAAGGUCAGUCAAUCCGGAACAUUUCAAGAAAUUUGAGCAUUUCUUCAAGUGCAGCUGCAAAAACCAUCAAGCGCUAUGAUGAAACUGGCUCUCAAGAGGACCGCCACAGGAAAGGAAGACCUGCAGAGGAUAAGUUCUUUAGAAUAACUGCACCUCAGAUUGCAGCCCAAAUAAAUGCUUCACAGAGUUCAAGUAACAGACACAUCUCAACAUUAACUGUUCAGAUGAGACUGCGUGGUCGAAUUGCUGCAAAGAAACCACUACUAAAGGACACCAAUAAGAAGAGAUUUGCUUGGGCUAAGACACACGAGCAAUGGAUAUUAGACCGGUGGAAAUCUGUCCUUUGGUCUGAUGAGUCCAAAUUUGAGAUUUUUGGUUCCAACCGCCGUGUCUUUGUGAGAUGCAGAGUAGGUGAACGGAUGAUCUCUGCAUGUGUGGUUCCCACCAUGAAGCAUGAAGGAGGAGGUGUGAUGGUGUGGGGGUGCUUUGCUGUUGACACGGUCAGUGAUUGAUUUAGAAUUCAAGGCACACUUAACCAGCAUGGCUACCACAGCAUUCUUCAGCGAUAUGCCAUCCCAUCUGGUUUGUGUCUAGUGGGGCUAUCAUUUGUUUUUCAACAGGACAAUGACCCAAAACACACCUCCAAGCUGUGUAAGGGCUAUUUUACUAAGAAGGAGAGUGAUGGAGGUGCCUCCACAAUCACCCGACCUCAACCCAAUUGAGAUGGUUUGGGAUGAGUUGGACCGCAGAGUGAAGGAAAAGCAGCCAACAAGUGCUCAGCAUAUGUGGGAACUCCUUCAAGACUGUUGGAAAAGCAUUCCUCAUGAAGCUGGUUGAGAGAAUGCCAAGAGUGUGCAAAACUGUCAUCAAGGCAAAGGGUGGCUACUUUGAAGAAUCUAACAUCUAAGAUAUAUUUUGAUUUGUUUAACACUUCUUUGGUUACAACAUGAUUCCAAAUGUGUUAUUUCAUCAUUUUGAUGUCUUCACUAUUAUUCUACAAAGUAGAAAAUAGUAAAAAUAAAGAAAAACCCUUGAAUGAGUAGGUGUGUCCUAACUUUUGACUGGUAGUGUAAAUAUUAGGACGAGCAAUGUCUGAGUGGCAUUGACUAAAAUACAGUAUAUACAGUGGGGAGAACAAGUAUUUGAUACACUGCCAAUUUUGCAGGUUUUCCUACUUACAAAGCAUAUAGAGGUCUGUAAUUUUUAUCAUAGGUACACUUCAACAGUGAGAGACGGAAUCUAAAACAAAAAUCCGGAAAAUCACAUUGCAUGAUUUUUAAGUAAUUAAUUUCCAUUUUAUUGCAUGACAUAAGUAUAUGAUACAUCAGAAAAGCAGAACUUCAUAUUUGGUACAGAAACCUUUGUUUGCAAUUACAGAGAUCAUACGUUUCCUGUAGGUCUUGACCAGGUUUGCACACACUGCAGCAGGGAUUUUAGCCCACUCCUCCAUACAGACCUUCUCCAGAUCCUUCAGGUUUCGGGGCUGUCGCUGGGCAAUACGGACUUUCAGCUCCCUCCAAAGAUGUUCUAUUGGGUUCAGGUCUGGAGACUGGCUAGGCCACUCCAGGACCUUGAGAUGCUUCUUACGGAGCCACUCCUUAGUUGCCCUGGCUGUGUGUUUCAGGACAUUGUCAUGCUGGAAGACCCAGCCACGACCCAUCUUCAAUGCUCUUACUGAGGGUGCAGUCGUCCCUUACAAGAUCUCGCGAUAAAUGGCCCCAUCCAUCCUCCCCUCAAUACGGUGCAGUCGUCCUGUCCCCUUUGCAGAAAAGCAUCCCCAAAGAAUGAUGUUUCCAUCUCCAUGCUUCACGGUUGGGAUGGUGUUCUUGGGGUUGUACUCAUCCUUCUUCUUCCUCCAAACACGGCGAGUGGAGUUUAGACUAAAAAGCUCUAUUUAUGUCUCAUCAGACCACAUGACCUUCUCCCAUUCCUCCUCUGGAUCAUCCAGAUGGUCAUUGGCAAACUUCAGACGGGCCUGGAUAUGCGCUGGCUUGAGCAGGGGGACCUUGCGUGCGCUGCAGGAUUUUAAUCCUUGACGGCGUAGUGUGUUACUAAUGGUUUUCUUUGAUACUGUGGUCCCAGCUCUCUUCAGGUCAUUGACCAGGUCCUGCCGUGUAGUUCUGGGCUGAUCCCUCACCUUCCUCAUGAUCAUUGAUGCCCCACGAGGUGAGAUCUUGCAUGGAGCCGAGGGUGAUUGACCGUCAUCUUGAACUUCUUCCAUUUUCUAAUAAUUGCGCCAACAGUUGUUGCCUUCUCACCAAGCUGCUUGUCUAUUGUCCUGUAGCCCAUCCCAGCCUUGUGCAGGUCUACAAUUUUAUCCCCAAUGUCCUUACACAGCUCUCUGGUCUUGGCCAUUGUGGAGAGAUUGGAGUCUGUUUGAUUGAGUGUGUGAACAGGUGUCUUUUAUACAGGUAACGAGUUCAAACAGGUGCAGUUAAUAUAGGUAAUGAGUGGAGAACAGGAGGGCUUCUUAAAGAAAAACUAACAGGUCUGUGAGAGCCGGAAUUCUUACUGGUUGGUAGGUGAUCAAAUACUUAUGUCAUGCAAUAAAAUGUAAAUUAAUUACUUAAAAAUCAUACAAUGUGAUUUUCUGGAUUCCGUCUCUCACAGUUGAAGUUUACCUAUGAUAAAAAUUACAGACCUCUACAUUAUUUGUAAGUAGGAAAACCUGCAAAAUCGGCAGUGUAUCAAAUACUUGUUGAAAUGAGUAAAACAUUAUGUAAACAUUAUUAAAGUGACUAGCGUUCCAUUUAAAGUGACCAGUGAUUCCAUGUCUAUGUACAUAGGGCAGCAGCCUCUUAAGUUGCAGGGUUGAGUAACUGGGUGGUAGCCGGCUAGUGAGGGCUAUUUAACAGUCUAAUGGCCUUGACAUAGUAGCUGUUUUUCAGUCUCUCGGUCCCAGCUUUGAUGCACCUGUACUGAUUCUGGAUGAUAGCGGGGUGAACAGGCCGUGGCUCGGGUGGUUGAUGUCCUUGAUGAUCUUUUUGGCUUUCCAGUGACAUCGGGUGCUGUAGGUGUCCUGGAGGGCAGGCAGUGUGCCCCUGGUGAUGCGUUGGGCAGACCGCACCACCCUCCGUAGAGCCCUGCGGUUGCGGGCGGUGCAGUUGCCGUACCAGGCGAUGAUACAUUCCUACAGGAUGCUCUCAAUUGUGCAUCUGUAAAAGUUUGUGAGGGGACAAGCCACAUUUCUUCAGCCUCCAGAGGUUGAAGAGGCGCUGUUGCGCCGUAUUCCCCACACUGUCUGUGUGGGUGGAACAUUGCAGAUUGUCAGUGAUGUGUAUGCCAAGGAACUUCAAGCUUUCCACCUUCUCCACUGCGGUCCCGUCGAUGUGAAUGGUGGCGUGCUCUCUCUGUCUCCUGAAGUCCACGAUCAGCUCCUUUGUUUUGUUGACGUUGAGGGAGAGGUUAUUUUCCUGGCACCACUCCGCCAGGCCCCUCACCUCCUACCUGUAGGCUGUCUCGUCAUUGUUGGUAAUCAGGCCUACUAAACAAUUUUCCGUCACAAUUUAUCAAAGAAAUUGGACGGUAGCUCCCACACUCAUGGGGAUCCUUUCCCUUUUUGAGGAUUAGGGUGAUUACUGCAUCACUCAUAGAAGGUGGGAGCUCACCUGUGUCAAUCGAUGUGUUAAAUGUUUUCAAUAUUUCUGGGGUAAGCUGCUCUGCAAACCUUUUAUAGAAAUCACUGGGUAUCCCGUCCAACUUGGUAUCCCAUCCAACCCUGGAGUUUUACCACUGGGUGCUUGUCUUAUAGUUUUGGUCAAUUCCUCCAAAGCGGCAGGUAGCUUAGUGGGUAAGAGCGUUGUGCCAGUAACCGAAAGGUCGCUGGUUCUAAUCCCCGAGCCGACUAGGUGAAAAAUCUGUCAAUGUGCCCUUGAGCAAGGCACUUAACCCUAAUUGCUCCUGUAAGUCGCUCUGGAUAAGAGCAUCUGCUAAAUGACUAAAAAUGUAAAUGUAAUAGGGCGGUCGAGCAAAUUCCUGUCUUCCUCUGUUAGUUUAGGAAGGUUCAAAUUCUGAAAGAAUGCCUCUGCUUUCUGCAUAUCUAAAGGACCGUCUGAAGUAUAAAGUUCCUGAUAGAAGUCUCAAAAUAUAUAGUUUAUUUCUUUAUGAUUGGUAAUCAGCUUGCCUGUCUUAUUUCUGAUUUGACCUACCUGCCGAUCUGUUUCUUUAGAUUUUAAUUGACUGGCCAACAGAUUUCCUGCCUUUUCACCUGAUUCGUACCAUUUCUGUUUCAGCCUGUACAGUGAAUAUUCAGCUUUAUUACUGAAUAAAGUAUUCAGCUCAUAUUUGGUUUUCAUCAGAUUUACCAGAGAAAUGUUGUUAGGAUUGGACCAAUAUUCCCCCUCCAGCGUUUUGAGCUGUUUAUCUAGUUUCUUAAUAGUAGCUGAUCGUUGUAUCAUUACUCUGCGUAUGUAUGCUUUAAAAGCUUUCCAGACAUGUACCUGUUUCGCACUAUUGUUGUUUGUUUCAAAGAAUGAAUAGACGGAAGACAGGGUAUAGGCCAGGAUGAUCCACCAUGCAAUCAGGCUGUUCUGGGACCUGUCUGCGUCUUCUGGUGACCUAUUGUUUGAAUACAUUUACAUUUACAUUUACGUCAUUUAGCAGACGCUCUUAUCCAGAGCGACUUACAAAUUGGAAUACCAUGUGCCUUUGUUGUUUUUUAAGGGGGUGGGUUCUACACAUGUGUAUUGCCACACCCACACAGAAAGGACUGAGCAUUUCAGUGGCCCAAGGAGGUUCCGGGAAAGAAAUUAUAUAAAAUAUAUUUUGGGCCUCUCGAGUGGCACAGCCGUCCUAAGGUACUGCAUCGUAGUGCUUGAGUAGUCACUACAGACCCGGGUUCGAUCCCGGGCUGUGUCGCAGCCGGCCAUGACCGGGAGACCCAUGAGGCAGCGCACAAUUGGCCCAGCAUCGUCCGGGUUAUGGGGAGGGUUUAGCCGGCCGGGAUGUCCUUGUCCCAUCGCGCUCUAGCGACUCCUGUGGCAGGCCGGGCGCAUGCACGCUGACACAGUCGCCAGUUGUACAGUGUUUCCUCCAACACAUUGGUGCGGCUGGCUUCCGGUUUAAGCGAGCAGUGUGUCAAGAAGCAGUGUGGCUUGACAGGGUCGUGUUUCGGGGGACGCAUGGCUCUCGACCUUCGCCUCUCUUUAUUGGUAAUGUUGCAUUUUAUUAACCUUGUAUUUUACUAGAGACUGCUACCUAAUGAAACGUGAUGGCCAUCAAAGAUGUGAUGGCAAUGCAAGUUUAUCCAGAUGCUGUAUUUGUAUAGAAAUGUAAUGGCAUGUAUAGUAUGUUAGCUAGGAGGCAAGGGUCUGUACUCCAACCUGCCCAGGUCAAUGCAAAUGAAGAAAAUCUAAUUUAAAAGGCCUCUUUAGACUAUUGACAUGCACCCCAAAUGAUGUCUUCCAUACAUGUCAUCCUGUGAUGUCACAGGGCCCGAGAGCGGUAGGAAAGAUGGUAAUCUCGACGAAGCAACCUUCUGCUCCCCACAGGGGGUUGUCAUCAAAGGAGAUACUGUCUUUGUGGCCGACACUGAAAACCACCUGAUCAGAAAGGUAAUUAUUAUUGGCAAAAGAUCUGAUCUGAUUGGUCAAAAGACGAAUAAGUGGCAAAAGAUCACAAUUGGGGUGCUUGUGUAAACGCAGCCUAAGGGAUCCUAAGUACUUCAAAAUAUAACCACCUCAGAUUCUUUAAUCUUUAUUAAUGCCCAAUCUCUCGCUCACUCUCGCUCUCAGAUUGACUUGUUGGAGGGGCAAGUCAGCACCCUGGCAGGAGUGGGAUUUCAAGGCACAGACAAGGAGGGAGGGGCCAUGGGACCCCAGCAGCCUAUCAGCUCACCCUGGGACGUGGCCCUUGGGACUGCAGGUAAGUCUAGAGCCAACUUACUGGUAGGUCUCCACUUAAAAUUGAUUUAAAUUUAUCCAGUUUGGGGUGACUAAGUACCAAAUUGAAUACAACAGAUUCGGUUCCAACAGCCCCAGACCCACUGGGUCUAUACUUGCGAACAUCAGGAAAAGUUUAAACUUUUUUUCUGUCUCAAAAUGCACAUCAACCAAUCACAAUCAUUGGACGUAUUUGCACGUGAUAAAACGUUACGUUAGCUGUUCCCAUUACAUAACCUGGCACAUUUAGCCUUAUGCUAACCUGACCAGGUGACAGUGAUUAUAUCUGGUAACAAAUUCUGCAUCAUUCAAUUACAAAUGUGGACGUGAUCAAAUACCUUUUAAUGAAAACGGCCUUAUCAGAAGUCAAACGGCACGAUAUGCUAUUCAAAGUUACUAAAGCGCGCCAAAUUUCAACUGAGCCAAUAGCUCACAGCCUGCUUCCUGGUACUUUUCGCCUUUUGCGGCAAGUUCGAAACCCAGGUGAGAUAUAGUUUUUUCCUUUGAAAUGUACAAUUAUAUUUGUUUUGAUAGUGUGUUGCGAAAGGAAGUGCAGCCAAAACAAAUAUAUUUCAUGAGGAGUUUCUUUGAGUCCCUCUUACAGACCGACACAGGCUAUUGCUACAGGUUAACGUUAGUGCUGCCGGAGCGCACCGGAGCGACGCCCCACCACUUCUUAGAAUGGUGCUUGUUUAAUCAAGUUUAGAUCAAAACUGAAUCAAUGUCUCGCAAUAUCACUUAAUGAUUCAUUAGUAUUCUACAUAGGCCUAACAUACCGAAUAUAAUAGCAUAGUAUAAUGUUACUGUUAGCCUACAUAAUAAAUUCAGUUUUUUGUCUAUCUGUUACACUUACAUGUACUACAUUUCAUAUGCAUUGUGUUAUUUGAAUCGCGCAUCGACGACCAGCAGUGAACAGUUUUUUCCUUAACAAAAAAGCAUGAAGCGAGGGGUCCUCGAACCCACUUUCUGUGUCACGAAGACUCACAGUCAACCGGUUUAGCUGUAUGCCACUUGGCAGUGAUUAUAAUGGAGGUACAUGACAGCUACAGUUGAAGUUGGAAGUUUACAUACACCUUAGCCAAAUACAUUUAAACUCAGUUUUUCACAAUUCCUGACAUUUAAUCCUAGUAAAAAUUCCCUGUCUUAGGUCAGUUAGGAUCACCACUUUAUUUUAAGAAUGUGAAAUGUCAGAAUAAUAGUAGAGAUAAUUAUUUAUUUCAGCUUUUAUUUCUUUCAUCACAUUCCCAGCGGGUCAGACGUUUACAUACACUCAAUUAGUAUUUGGUAGCAUUGCCUUUAAAUUGUUUAACUUGGGUCAAAUGUUUCGGGUAGCAUUCCACAAGCUUCCCACAAUAAGUUGGGUGAAUUUUGGUCCAUUCCUCCUGACAGAGCUGGUGUAACUGAGACAGGUUUGUAGGCCUCCUUGCUCGCACAUGCUUUUUCAGUUUUGCCCACACAUUUUCUAUAGGAUUGAGGUCAGGGCUUUGUGAUGGCCACUCCAAUACUUUGACUUUGUUGUCCUUAAGCCAUUUUGACACAACUUUGGAAGUAUGCUUUGGGUCAUUGUCCAUUUGGAAGACCCAUUUGCGACCAAGCUUUAGCUUCCUGACUGAUGUCUUGAGAUGUUGCUUCAAUAUAUUCACAUAAUUUUCCUUCCUCAUGAUGCCAUCUAUUUUGUGAAGUGCACCAGUCCCUCCUGCAGCAAAGCACCCCCACAGCAUGAUGCUGCCACCCCCUGUGUUUCACUGUUGGGAUGAUGUUCUUCGGCUUGCAAGCAGCCCCCUUUUUCCUCCAAACAUAACAAUGGUCAUAAUGGCCAAAUAGUUCUAUUUUUGUUUCAUCAGACCAGAGGACAUUUCUCCAAAAAGUACGAUCUUUGUCCCCAUGUGCAGUUGAAAACCGUAGUCUGGCUUUUUUAUGGCGGUUUUGGAGCAGUGGCUUCUUCCUUGCUGAGCGGCCUUUCAGGUUAUGUCGAUAUAGGACUUGUUUUACUGUGGAUAUAGAUACUUUUGUACCUGUUUCCUCCAACAUCUUCACAAGGUCCUUUGCUGUUGUUCUGCACUUUUCGCACCAAAGUUCGUUCAUCUCUAGGAGACAGAACGCGUCUCCUUCCUGAGCGGUAUGACGGCUGCGUGGUCCCAUGGUGUUUAUACUGGCGUACUAUUGUUUGUACGGAUGAAUGUGGUACCUUCAGGCGUUUUGGAAAUUGCUCCCAAGGAUGAACCAGACUUGUGGAGGUCUACAACAUUCUGAGGUCUUGGCUGAUUUCUUUUGAUUUUCCCAUGAUGUCAAGCAAAGAGACAAUACGUUUUAAGGUAGGCCUUGAAAUACAUCCACAGGUAGACCUCCAAUUGACUCAAAUGAUGUCAAUUAGCCUAUCAGAAGCUUCUAAAGCCAUGACAUCAUUUUCUGGAAUUUUCCAAGCUUUUUAAAGGCACAGUCAACUUAGUGUAUGUAAACUUCUGACCCACUGGAAUUGUGAUACAGUGAAUUAUAAGUGAAAUAAUCUGUCUGUAAACAAUUGUUGGAAAAAUUACUAAGUAGUAGAUGUCCUAUUUCUAAAACUAAAAGUAUUGUAUUUGGGACAAAUCAUUCACUAAACCCUAAACCUCAACUAAACCUUGUAAUAAAUAAUAUGGAAAUUGAGCAAGUAGAGGUGACUAAACUGCUUGGAGUAACCCUGGAUUGUAAACUGUCAUGGUCAAAACAUAUUGAUACAACAUUAGCUAAGAUGGGGCGAAGUCUGUCCAUAAUAAAGUGCUGCUCUACCUUCUUAACAGCACUAUCAACAAGGCAGGUCCUACAGGCCCUAGUUUUGACGCACCUGGACUACUGUUCAGUGUUGUGGUCAGGUGCCACAAAAAAGGACUUAGGAAAAUUGCAAUUGGCUCAGAUCAGGGCAGCACGGCUGGCCUUUGGAUGUACACAGAGAGCUAAUAUUAAUAAUAUGCAUGUCAAUCUCUCCUAGCGCAAAGUGGAGGAGAGAUUAACUUCAUCACUACUUGUAUUUAUUAGAGGUAUGGACAUGUUGAAUGCACCGAGCUGUCUGUUUGAACUACUGGCGCACAGCUCGGUCACCCAUGCGUACCCCACAAGACAUGCCACCAGAGGUCUCUUCACAGUCCCCAAGUCCAGAACAGACUAUGGGAGGCACACAGUACUACAUAGAGCCAUGACUACAUGGAACUCUAUUCCACAUCAAGUAACUGAUGCAAGCAGUAAAAUUAGAUUUAAAAAAAACAGAUUUAAAUAUAUUUUUACAUUUUCAACUUUAUUUUACAUGUUUACGAUUUGUUUCAUUUUGAAUUCAAUGCUUAAGGCGUGAAAUUGACCCCAUCGAGAUUUGCUAGCAAAAUAUUACUCUGUUUAAGCUGUUAUGGGUAGUAUGUCAGUAUAGAUGGGGUGUUUUGCGUCCUUGCUUGAAUAUAAAGCAUAGAAGGCUUUAUUUUACCCAAUGACUCCAAGCAUCUGUACGAGCUCUGAAAUAUUUGGGUCCUGUGUACUCAAAAUGUUUAGUUGCAGAUCUAAAGCGUUCAAGUGUAUGGCCCUAGUACAGUGGGGAGAACAAGUAUUUGAUACACUGCCGAUUUUGCAGGUUUUCCUACUUACGAAGCAUGUAGAGGUCUGUAAUUUUUAUCAUAGGUACACUUCAACUGUGAGAGACGGAAUCUAAAACAAAAAUCCAGAAAAUCACAUUGUAUGAUAUUUAAGUAAUUAAUUUGCAUUUAAUUGCAUGACAUAAGUAUUUGAUCACCUACCAACCAGUAAGAAUUCCGGCUCUCACAGACCUGUUAGUUUUUCUUUAAGAAGCCCUCCUGUUCUCCACUCAUUACCUGUAUUAACUGCACCUGUUUGAACUCGUUACCUGUAUAAAAGAUACCUGUCCACACACUCAAUCAAACAGACUCCAAACUCUCCACAAUGGCCAAGACCAGAGAGCUGUAUAAGGACAUCAGGGAUAAAAUUGUAGACCUGCACAAGGCUGGGAUGGGCUACAGGACAAUAGGCAAGCAGCUUGGUGAGAAGGCAACAACUGUUGGCGCAAUUAUUAGAAAAUGGAAUAAGUUCAAGAUGAUGGUCAAUCACCCUCGGUCUGGGGCUCCAUGCAAGAUCUCACCUCGUGGGGCAUCAAUGAUUAUGAGGAAGGUGAGGGAUCAGCCCAGAACUACACAGCAGGACCUGGUCAAUGACCUGAAGAGAGCUGGGACCACAAUCUCAAAGAAAACCCUUAGUAACACAUUACGCCGUCAUGGAUUAAAAUCCUGCAGCGCACGCAAGGUUCCCCUUCUCAAGCCAGCGCAUGUCCAGGCCCGUCUGAAGUUUGCCAAUGACCAUCUGGAUGAUCCAGAGGAGGAAUAGGAGAAGGUCAUGUGGUCUGAUGAGACAAAAAUAGAGCUUUUUGGUCUAAACUCCACUCGCCGUGUUUGGAGCAAGAAGAAGGAUGAAUACAACCCCAAGAACACCAUCCCAACCGUGAAGCAUGGAGGUGGAAACAUCAUUCUUUGGGGAUACUUUUCUGCAAAGGGGACAGAACGACUGCACCGUAUUGAGGAGAGGAUGGAUGGGGCCAUGUAUUGCGAGAUCUUGGCCAACAACCUCCUUCCCUCAGUAAGAGCAAUGAAGAUGGGUCGUGGCUGGGUCUUCCAGCAUGACAACGACCCGAAACACACAGCCAGGGCAACUAAGGAGUGGCUCCGUAAGAAGCAUCUCAAGGUCCUGGAGUGGCCUAGCCGGUCUCCAGACCUGAAUCCAAUAGAACAUCUUUGGAGGGAGCUGAAAGUCCGUAUUGCCCAGCGACAGCCCCGAAACCUGAAGGAUCUGGAGAAGGUCUGUAUGGAGGAGUGGGACAAAAUCCCUGCUGCAGUGUGUGCAAACCUGGUCAAGACAUACAGGAAACGUAUGAUCUCUGUAAUUGCAAACAAAGGUUUCUGUACCAAAUAUUAAGUUCCGCUUUUCUGAUGUAUCAAAUACUUAUGUCAUGCAAUAAAAUGCAAAUGAAUUACUUAAAAAUCAUACAAUGUGAUUUUCUGGAUUUUUGUUUUAGAUUCCGUCUCUCACAGUUGAAGUGUACCUAUGAUAAAAAAUUACAGACCUCUACAUUCUUUGUAAGUAGGACAACGUGCAAAAUCGGCAGUGUAUCAAAUACUUGUUCUCCCCACUGUAUAUGCCCUCAAUACUUAAAAAAUCUAUCUGUCCUUCCUGGUUAUUUGAGAUAAUCUCAGAUCAAGUCAAUGGAUCUGGGAAAGAAAGGUUACCACCCUAUUGCUUCCGCCAAUCCACCCAAUUCAGAUUUGUGAUUACUUCAAGGGAGGAGGGUAGGAUGCAUUUUGUGAAGUAUCAGAACAGGUCAUACCAUUUUCACACUAUUGUGCCAACCUGAACUGUACUGUGUUAGUCUUGGUUAUUUUCCGGUCACCUUGUCCUUUCCAGCACGGUUCCAGCAACUAUGGUGGAUGUAUGAUCAGGCCAGAGCAGUACAGUAUAGCUCGGCUUCGCUCGAUUCGGCUCGCUCAGUAGUGUGAAAGGGGUAUUUCUGUGUUACUUUCCAGGCGGUGAGGAGGAUAACGUGCUGUGGGUGGCCAUGGCAGGGACACACCAGAUCUGGGCUCUGUUCCUGGCCAAUGGGAAGCUGCCUAAAGGAAGGUGAGCGGCUGGCAUAUAAUUACUUUGUGCACUGGCAACUGUUUCAGGGCCAGAUAAUGUUGUUCUUUCAUAUAUUCAGUCUAGAAUCAACUAGGCUACUAGCUUCUAUCUACCCCUUUGGUGUUUUCAAAUCUGAACGAGAACCCAAUAAUGUGACAGAUCCACUGUCAGGGGAGCUUGCACCAUAUUGCUUACGUACACCAAUCCAGUUCCUUAGGAUCAAACGGUGAAGGGGCUCCUGGGGCUAGGACUGGUUUACAGACCAAUGUUGUGAUAUUUCACCAUUCCAUAGAUUUGACUGUAAGCUGUAGUGCCUAUCAAUUUGCAUCCAAUGCUGUAAUGGAUGAUCAUUUUAUUUUAAAUAUUUUGGAGGGUUUUAUUUAUUCAUUGAGAUGGGACAGUGAAGAGGAGUUAGGUGAUAUUAUGAGUCAGAAGGGCAUGGGUCAGAUUAGAACCCAUGCCGGCUGGUAUACAUGUGUGCCAGGUUCCGCGGAACUAACCACUGGAUCACACAGGCUACAUACACAUAGAUGAUAAUAUUAACAACAUAACAACUCCCUUCAGCGAGUCCAAAGCGGGGAUGUGUGUGCGCUUCGCCGGCAGUGGCAACGAGGAGAAUCGCAACAACGCCUACCCCCACAAGGCAGGCUUUGCCCAGCCCUCGGGCCUGGCCCCCGCUCCGGAGGAGCCCUGGGGGUGCCUGUACGUGGCCGACAGCGAGAGCAGCACUGUGCGCUCCCUGGCGCUGAAGGAUGGCGCCGUCAAACUGCUGGUGGGGGGCGAGAGAGACCCCCUGGUGAGUCAGUCCGGUGAUGGGACAGUAAGGGGGCGGGGGUAGUGGGUGGCUCAAGGUCAAAUAUACCCCUAACCACACAUCUAGAAUCACAUUACCAUAACCCCAAUCUUAACCCUAACCCUUAGGAGGAGGAAAAAAUAUCUGAACCUGUAUCAUAGUUUAGGGGUAACCUAUAGACAAUAUAGCAAGAACAAUAGUGUUCUAUAUCUAUGGGGUAACCUCUACUUAUUCAUAGAGGUAUUUCUGAGCGUCAAGGAUUGUGACACUGGGUUGUGUGUGUUGUUUUUUUGCUCAUUAAUCCAAAAUUAAAAUCAAUGUAGUUGCAACCCAAAAGGAAUCCGCUGUACAUUUUUAUCUCAAUUCAUAGGAUAGACCCUCUUGUUUCCAGUGGAGCUGUUUUGUCACUGACCAUAUUAGGCUGAUACCAGAUCAUGUUACAUUACCUGAAACAGGACAGCAUUUGUCGUGACAAGAUUUGAAAAGCAUUACUAGCGCCAUGUAACAUUUGUUACGAGUUUAGUUGACAAUCGUGGGAAGUUUCCAAACCUUUUGAAACGUUUUAUAAUGGGAAUGUUAUCCAAUCAUUUUGAUUUAUUGAGCAUGCUGACAAGGAGAUAUGGCUGUUUAUUUAAAUUCCCCAAAUUGCAUUGCAGUCAAACCAAUAUGAUUUCUUUGUUGCGUCGCUUUUUUUUUCUGAAGCAGAAGAUGAAAAUAAAUUGGAUUUAAUCAUUUACAUAAAUUGUAAUGAUGUUAAUCAGUGUUUGUCAGCUUAAUAAUAAGAACGACGUAGUGACUUAAAGUAGUCAUACCCCUUGACUAAUUCCACAUUUUGUUACAAGCUGAAUUCCAAAAUAUUUUUUUUCUCUCACCCAUCUACACACAAUACCCCAUAAUACCUAAAUGAAAACAUGUUUUUAGAAAUGUUUGCAAAUGUAUUGAAAAUGAAAUACUGAAAUAUCUAAUUUACAUAAUUAUUUACACCCCUGAGUCAGUACUCUGUAGAAGCACCUUCGGCAGCAAUUACAGCAGUGAGUCUUUCUGGGUAAGUCUCUAAGAGCUUUGCACACUUGGAUUGUGCGACAUUUGCCCAUUAUUCUUUUCAAAAUUCUUAAAGCUGUCAAAUUGGUUGUUGAUCAUUGCUAGACAACCGUUUCCAGGUCUUGCCGUGGAUUUUCAAACAGAUUUAAGUCAAAACUCUAACUCUGCCACUCAGGAACAUUCACUGUCUUCUUGGUAAGCAACUCCAGUGUAGAUUUGGCCUUGUGUUUAAGGUUAUUGCCCUGCUGGAAGGUGAAUUCUUCUCUCAAUGUCUGGUGGAAAGCAGACUGAUACAGGAUUUCCUCUAGGAAAAAAAAAACUCCCCAGUCCUUAAUGAUUACAAGCAUACACAUAACAUGAUGCAGCCACCACCGUGCUUGAAAAUAUGGAGAGUGGUACUCAGUAAUGUGUUGUAUUGGAUUUGCCCCAAACAUAACACUUUUGGAAUAUUUGUAUUCUUUACAGGGUUCCUUCUUUUCACUCUGUCAAUUAAGUUAGUAUUGUGGAGUAACUACAAUGUUGUUGAUCCAUCCUCCGUUUUCUUCUAUCACAGCCAUUAAACUCUGUAACUGAUUUAAAGUCACCAUUGGCCUCAUGGUAAAAUCCCUGAGCGGUUUCCUUCCUCUCCGGCAACUGAGUUAGGAAGGACGGCUGUAUCGUUGUAGUGACUGGGUGUAUUGAUACACCAUCCAAAGUGUAAAUAAUAACUUCACUAUGUUCAGAUAGACAUUCAAUGUCUGUUUAUUUACCCAUCUACCAAAAUGUGCCGUUCUUUGUGAGGCAUGGGAAAACCUCCCUGGUCUUUGUGGAUGAAUCUGUGUUAAAAAUUCUCUGCUUGAAUGAAGUGCCUUACAGAUAAUUAUAUGUGUGGGGUACAGAGAUGAGGCAGUCAUUAAAAAAUUAUGUUAAACACUGUUAUUGCACACAGUCCAUGGAACGUAUUAUGUGACUUAAGAAAAUAUUUUACUCAUAAACGUAUUUAGGCUUGCCAUAACAGAGGUUGAAUACUUAUUGACUCAAGACAUUUUGGUUUUUCAUUUUUAAUUAAUUUUGAAAAACAUAAUUCCACUUUGACAUUAUGGGGUAUUUGUGUGUGUGUGUGUGUGUGUGUGUGUAGGCCAGUGACAAUACAUGUCAAUUUAAUCCAUUUUAAAUUCAGGUUGUAACAACAAAAUGUGGAAAAAGUCAAGGGUUGUGAAUACAUUCUGAAGGCACUGUAUAUGACUGAGUGUAUUGCUACACCAUCCAAAGUGUAAUUAAUAACUUCACCAUGCUCAGAGGGAUAUUCAAUGUCUGUUUUUUUACCAAUCUACCAAUAGGUGCCGUUCUUUGUGAGGCAUGGGAAAACCUCCCUGGUCUUUGUGGAUGAAUCUGUGUUUAAAAUUCUCUGCUCGAAUGAAGGGCCUUACAGAUUUAUAUGUGCAGAGGGGUACAGAGAUGAGGCGUAUUGAUACACCACCCAAAGUAUAAUUAAUAACUUCACCAUGCUCAAAGGGGUAUACAGGUUUGUAGAAAUGUUUGCAAAUGUUUGCAAAUGUAUAAAAAAAUGGAAAAUGUAUAUCACAUUUACUUAAAUAUUCAGACCCUUUACUCAGUAAUUUUUUGAAGUACCUUUGACAGCGAUUACAGCCUUGAGUCUUCUUGGGUAUGAUGCUACAAGCUUGGCACACAUGUAUUUGGGGAGUUUCUCCCAUUCUUCUCUGCAGAUCCUCUCAAGCUCUGUCAGGUUGGAUGGGGAGCGUAGCUGCACAGCUAUUUUUAGGUCUCUCCAGAGAUGUUCGAUUGGGUUCAAGUCCGGGCUCUGGCUGGGCCACUCAAGGACAUUCAGAGACUUGUCCUGAAGCCACUCCUGUGUUGUCUUGGCUGUGUGCUUAGGAUCGUUGUCCUGUUGGAAGGUGAACCUUCGCCCCCAGUCUGAGCUCCUGAGCGUUCUGGAGCAGGUUUUUAUCAAGGAUCUCUCUGUACUUUGCUCCGUUCAUCUUUCCCUCGAUCCUGACUAGUCUCCCAGUCCCUGCCAAUGAAAAACAUCCCCACAGCAUGAUGCUGCCAACACCAUGCUUCACCGUAGGGAUGGUAUUGGCCAGGUGAUGAGCGGUGCCUGGUUUCCUCCAGAUGUGACGCUUGGCAUUCAGGCCAAAGACUUCAAUCUUGGUUUCAUCAGACAAGAGAAUCUUGUUUCUCAUGGUCUGAGAGUCCUUUAGGUGCCUUUUACUGAGCGGGCUGUCAUGUGCCUUUUACUGAGGAGUGGCUUCCGUCUGGCCACUCUAACAUAAAGGCCUGAUUUGGUGGAGUGCUGCAGAGAUGGGAAAACCUUCCAGAAGGACAACCAUCUCCACAGAGGAACUCUGGAGCUCUGUCAGAAUGACCAUCGGGUUCUUGGUCACCUCCCUGACCAAGGCCCUUCUCCCCCGAUUGCGGCCAGCUCUAGGAAGAAUCUUGGUGGUUCCAAAUUUCUUCCAUUUAAAAAUGAUGGAGGCCACUGGGUUCUUGGGGACCUUCAAUGCUGCAGAAUGUUUUUGGUACCCUUCCCCAGAUCUGUGCCUCGACACAAUCCUGUCUCAGAGCUCUACGGACAAUUCCUUUGACCUCAUGGCUUGGUUUUUGCUUUGACAUGCACUGUCAACUGUAAAACCUUAUAUAGACAGGUGUGUGCCUUUCCAAAUCAUGUCCAAUCAAUUGAAUUUACCACAGGUGGACUCCAAUCAAGUUGUAGAAACAUCUCAAGGAUGAUCAAUGGAAACAGGAUGCACUUGAGCUCAAUUUUGAGUGUCAUAGCAAAGGGUCUGAAUACUUAUGUAAAUAAGGUAUUUCUGUUUUUUAAAACAACAACAAAAAUGUGUGCUUUUGGGGGGUACUCAAGGACUGGAGUUGGGAACCACUGGGCUAUAGUGUAGUCUUGGAAAUACCAGACCUAGGGCAACAGCACUAGGUCUGGGGAACGUGGAAUUAUCUUGACCCCUUUGAAAGGGGAGAAAAACAAUUCCGGGGAGGGUGUUCUUCAGACAGACAACAGUCCCAACAAAUCACGAGUUUGGGCUUGCGAGCGGGAAUUGUGCUCUUUAAAAACGAUACCCUCGGAAGCAUGACAGAGACGUACACAAUGCGGACGUAGAUAGUUAGGCUAAUUAUAGCCACAACCAGUCAGUGGUUGAAAGCUUGUAACGGUAGCUGUCAUGGCGCAGGCAAAAAACAUCUCACGUGCGAAAUACACUCAUUGAAAAUAUCCUCUGUAAGCUCCAUUUGGCUAACUACCAAUUUUGUGUUGAAGCCACGUAUUGUGUUUGAGAGCUCGCGCUUUGUACUUGUAGAGCAAUUUCUCCAUCAGGGCCGUCGCAGUUUUUUCGACAUGGCAUCUUGUAUUCUGGUUCUAGAUAUGCAAUUAUGGUAUUGAAGCCGACGUACCCUACCAUUGACAAUGGCUGCAUAUCAACUGCAAUCAUUUCUGUAAUCAGCGCUGUGAUUUUCUCACUCUGUCCCUUAUCGCACUGCUGCCAGCAACGGGUUUGGUCUCCCUUUACGAGCAAGGUAUUGUGUUUAAUUUGAAAACAGCGUAACAUUUUGUAAAAGCAUAAUAUUUCUGAAAAGACUGCCUGAAAUGUCUGCCUGUUUUGGUGGGAAGGAGUUUUGGCCUUCCAUGGUGACAUCACCAUGCGGUAAAUUAGUUAAUUUACCAAUAAGAAAGAGUUCCAAACCUCUCUGCCAAUAACAGCUCAUUUUCAGUUUUCCCCUCCCCACUCAGACCACUCCGUGACAAUCCUAGCCCAAUUCUUGCUAGAGAAAUUGCCCUUUGCUAAGAAGCUAUUUUUGUUUAUUUUUGACAAUUUUAUUUGAAAACAAUCACAGUAAGGUACUUAAUUGUUACCUAGAAACUAUUUGAUAUUGAGAUAAAAACAUCUGUAUUGGACCUUUUAAGAAACACUCGUUUUCGUUGUAAAACAUUUUGCAAAGGUUUGCUACGGUGUGCACAAUGAAUACACCCCUGCACUAACCCUAAAGCAGAGCAUUGUUUUCAAUGUUUUUUAAAAAUUGUAUAAAAACAUUUAUGAGAGUAAUCUGUCUUUAGAAACUUGUGAUGAUUCGUCAGGGAAAAUCUUAAUGUGGUAUCACUUGGAAGUACAAUCAAUUGCACCGCUUCAUCAUCAGGUCAAUCUUUAUACUCUGGCCAAUCGGAAGGCUUCAUUUAACAAAUAGUUGACUCAGUUCAGAUACCUAAUACUUUGACCAAUGGCAAGGCUACUGAGUCGAAAUUGGCCCUAAAUCAGGGGUGCCAAGCAAAGUUUGCCCCAGGAGCCGCAUUCACUCUUCAACGAGGGCCACACUGAAAAUUAGCAACAUUUCCUCUAUCCAUCGUUUUGUGAAUUUUCUAUGCUCCCUGUCUAGCUUUCAUUUCAGUGAUUUCUUAGGCGAGCUGGACACAGUCAAGAAACUAUAUGAAUGUUGGUCCAUUAUCCUUCCUACACCGUUUAGAUUUGGUUUGAGUUAUUUGAAAGUAUAUUGAGUUCCCCCCCCCCCCCUCCAAUUGGGCCGUAUGUUUGACACCCCUGCUCUAGAUGGAUGGAUGACUAAAGUUGCUUUGAAAUGAAUUGAAGCAUGUAACUUCACUCAUGUUGUUAAUGUGGUGUCUUUUGGGGACAGAACCUGUUUGCCUUUGGGGAUGUGGACGGAAAAGGAGUGGACGCAAAGCUCCAGCACCCUCUCGGUGUGGCCUGGGCUCCUGACCAAGGCCUCCUCUAUGUGGCGGACUCCUACAACCACAAGGUCUGUUUUUCAGAGUAUGACUGUCAAAUAAAUGUUUUAUAAAAUGUGUUAAUGUUUACACUGUAUUUCAUGGACAUGUGGUUUUACAUCAGUAUCCAGUGACAUUGUCAUCAAGAGGAACAGCUUGUGGGGUGUCUUGGAUGUUUUCUCUGAAACAGGCAAUAGACAAUUCAUAUGUAAAGCCUUCAUAUUCUCUGCUGUGAGAUUGGAGAUUGCUUCUUGAAAAGACAGUAGGCCUUGAGGGCAGAGUGCAUGUAUGUUUAGACUGGUUGUAUAGAGUACUCACAAAUCAAAUCCCUCUUAGCCUUGCUGUAUUUGUGUUUGUUUCAGAUCAAAGUGGUGGACCCAAAAACCAGGCAGUGUCUGGUUGUGGCUGGGACAGGGGAAGCUGGUGACGUGUUAGGGCCAGGGUUGACUGAAUCCAGCUUCAAUGAGCCUGGUGGCCUAUGUGUCGGGGAUGGGGGUAGGGUGCUGUAUGUAGCUGACACCAACAACCACCAUCUCAAAGUCCUGGACCUGGACACCAAGACCGUGUCGCUGGUGAGGGGUGAAAGAGCAUUAUUGUGUGUGUGUGUGUGUUAAUAACCAUUUAUCUAUCUGUUCAGUAGCCUUCAUAUUAAAUAAGUACGGUUUGCCCGAAAACAUUUUGGUUUGAAAUGAUCUGACCUCUGCUCAAAAGCUUUUUUUUAAAGAGAGAACAAGUGGAAAGCCAUAUAUGUUAUGGGACUUGCUUUUCCUUUGACUAAGUCACUCGGAUCGUUUCUUUUAAUACAGCUUCUCUUUUAGAAACACCAAAGAAAAGUGUUUCUCUUCUCUCCCUCUCUUGUAGUUUCCCAUUUCAGUGGAGGACGCGGUAGACUCUGCACCAACUAAGUCCUCUGGGCCUUGUAAAGUCCCCAAGCUCCCCAAAUCUGCUUCUAGGGUGAAGAUGCCACCACUGGCAGUGUCACCAGGACAGACACUCAAUUUGGAGCUGGUGCUAUCGCUACCAGCGGGCACCAAGCUCACUGAAGACGCACCCAGCUUUUGGACCCUGUCAGCAGAAGGUAAUGAAAAUUACACCAGUGUAAUGUUCAGUAGGGCACAAUGUUGUCAAUGUUUUGAAACAUAACCUUGGUCACGUGACUGUGAAGCUGUUCCCAUUCAUGUUGAUGCCUCAAGCUGGAAAAAGUUAGAGAAUUACUAAAACAUUCCCAUUCAAAUUAAGUUCUGUACUGGGCUCCAGUGAGUGUUCCAGUUAAAUUGCUGUGGUGUGAGGGGCAUUAUUAAUUAUAUUUCUAUAGUUUCCAGUCCCCUUGACUGUAAGGAACAAUUCUGACAGGACAUUGUGGAGCGUUCAAGGUCAAAGCAAACCUGGAUAUGAAAUAAACCUUACAUUGGGGGUCGUAGGGGCAUCCCAAUCCCUAGGCCCUUUUGCCUUGCCUUCUCAAUAGCUCCACCUAACCCACUUGCAGGCGAGAUGGACACCAAUCUUUUUCGAAUUGUUAAACAACAGCCCUAGGGAUAGGAGUGAAGGAUAGAUUUGAAAUUGUGCCUUAUUGUCCCAGGCAGUAGACACUCUAUGUUGAAAUACAAACUGACAUGCUGACUGAUGUAGUUGCAUCUUUUCUCUCGCUUUGUUCACACUUUCCAGACAUGCUCUUAGCUUCACAAACACUCCUGUUCUCACACUCUCUCUAGUCAGGCUUUUGUUUAGCUUAUGUUCAAUGGCCCUGUCCCUCACAAUGAAUGAUGCCUAAACUCCAGCCUUUUAUAUUUGGAAUAUGCCACUGGGCAAAAUGGCCUAACGUGGCUAUGCCGUGAAGUGUUCACAGCAUCACUGUAUGGCCUUAUUUACUCCCAUCGUCAGUCCUCUGACUUAGUGAUGUUCUACGAGCGUUAGUGUGAUGUUUGCAAUGUGUCAAUGAUAUUCAAACCUGAUGGAUUGACGGGACACCUCACUUUUCUUUCUCAAUUACUUGAUCAAUUAUUUCCAAUAUUAAUUUGUGAAGUUCAAUAAUUUUGUGCUUUGAUCAAAAGUCAUAAAGUAAUUGAGGUUGUGUGGCCCUCAAUUGAUUGCAAAUUCCACCUCAGGUUCUAAUGAUUAAAUGUAUUAUUGUGGUCGUGAAUGUAAAUACAGUGGGGAGAACAAGUAUUUGAUACACUGCCGAUUUAGCAGGUUUUCCUACUUGCUAAGCAUGUAGAGGUCUGUAAUUUUUAUGAUAGGUACACUUCAACUGUGAGAGACGGAAUCUAAAACAAAAAUCCAGAAAAUCACAUUGUAUGAUUUUUAAGUAAUUAAUUUGCAUUUGAGUGCAUGACAUAAGUAUUUGAUACAUCAGAAAAGCAGAAUUUAAUAUUUGGUACAGAAACCUUUGUUUGCAAUUACAGAGAUCAUACAUUUCCUGUAGGUCUUGACCAGGUUUGCACACACUGCAGCAGGGAUUUUGGCCCUCUCCUCCAUACAGACCUUCUCCAGAUCCUUCAGGUUUCGGGGCUGUCGCUGGGCAAUACAGACUUUCAGCUCCCUCCAAAGAUGUUCUAUUGGAUUCAGGUCUGGAGACUGGCUAGGCCACUCCAGGACCUUGAGAUGCUUCUUACGGAGCCACUCCUUAGUUGCCCUGGCUGUGUGUUUCGGGUCGUUGUCAUGCUGGAAGACCCAGCCACGACCCAUCUUCAAUGCUCUUACUGAGGGAAGGAGGUUGUUGGCCAAGAUCUCGCGAUACAUGGCCCCAUCCAUCCUCCGCUCAAUACGGUGCAGUCGUCCUGUCCCCUUUGCAGAAAAGCAUCCCCAAAGAAUGAUGUUUCCACCUCCAUGCUUCACGGUUGGGAUGGUGUUCUUGGGGUUGUACUCAUCCUUCUUCUUCCUCCAAACACGGCGAGUGGAGUUUAGACCAAAAAGCUCUAUUUUUGUCUCAUCAGACCACAUUACCUUCUCCCAUUCCUCCUCUGGAUCAUCCAGAUGGUCAUUGGCAAACUUCAGACGGGCCUGGACAUGCGCUGGCUUGAGCAGGGGGACCUUGCUUGCGCUGCAGGAUUUUAAUCCAUGACGGCGUAGUGUGUUACUAAUGGUUUUCUUUGAGACUGAGGUCCCAGUGCUCUUCAGGUCAUUGACCAGGUCCUGCCGUGUAGUUCUGGGCUGAUCCCUCACCUUCCUCAUGAUCAUUGAUGCCCCACGAGGUGAGAUCUUGCAUGGAGCCCCAGACCGAGGGUGAUUGACCGUCAUCUUGAACUUCUUCCAUUUUCUAAUAAUUGCGCCAACAGUUGUUGCCUUCUCACCAAGCUGCUUGCCUAUUGUCCUGUAGCCCAUCCCAGCCUUGUGCAGGUCUACAAUUUUAUCCCUGAUGUCCUUACACAGCUCUCUGGUCUUGGCCAUUGUGGAGAGGUUGGAGUCUGUUUGAUUGAGUGUGUGGACAGGUGUCUUUUAUACAGGUAACGAGUUCAAACAGGUGCAGUUAAUACAGGUAAUGAGUGGAGAACAGGAGGGCUUCUUAAAGAAAAACUAACAGGUCUGUGAGAGCCGGAAUUCUUACUGGUUGAUAGGUGAUCAAAUACUUAUGUCAUGCAAAUAAAUUACUUAAAAAUCAUACAAUGUUUAGAUUCCGUCUCUCACAGUUGAAGUGUACCUAUGAUAAAAAUUACAGACCUCUACAUGCUUUGUAAGUAGAAAAACCUGCAAAAUCGGCAGUGUAUCAAAUACUUGUUCUCCCCACAAUACCCCUCACAAUACCCCUUAAUGACAAAGCGAAAACAGGUUUUUAGAAAUGUUUGCAAAUGUAUAACUACUGUGAAAUAUCACAUUUACAUAAGUAUUCAGACCCUUUACUCAGUACUUUGUUGAAGCACCUUUGGCAACGAUUACAGCCUAGAGUCUUCUUGUGUAUGACGCUACAAGCUUGGCACACCUGUAUUUGGGGAGUUUCCCCAUUCUUCUCUACAGAUCCUCUCAAGCUCUGUCAGGUUGGAUGGGGAGCGUCGCUGCACAACUAUUUUCAGGUCUCUCCAGAGAUGUUCGAUCAGGUACAAGAACAGCUCUGGCUGGGCCACUCAAGGACAUUCAGAGAAUUGUCCCAAAGCCACUCCUGUGUUGUCUUGGCUGUGUGCUUAGGGUCGUUGUCCUGUUGGAAGGUGAACCUUUGCCCCAGUCUGAGGUCCUGAGCACUCUGGAGCAGGUUUUAAUCAAGGAUCUCUCUCUACUUUGCUCCGUUCAUCUUUCCCUCGAUCCUGACUAGUCUCCCUGCCACUGAAAAACAUCCCCACAGCAUGAUGCUGCCACCCUCAUGCUUCACCGUAGGGAUGGUGCCAGGUUUCCUCCAGACGUGACGCUUGGCAUUCGGGCCAUGAAUGCGGUUGGCAUUCAGGCCAAAGAGUUCAAUCUUGGUUUCAUCAGACCAGAGAAUCUUGUUUCUCAUGGUCUGAGUCCUUUAGGUGCCUUUUGGGAAACUCCAAGCGGGCUUUUACUGAGGAGUGGCUUGCAUCUGGCCACUCUACCAUAAAGGCUUGAUUGGUAGAGUGCUGCAGAGAUGGUUGUCCUUCUGGAAGGUUCUCCCAUUUCCACAGAGGAACUCUGGAGCUCUGUCAGUAUGACCAUCUGGUUUUUGGUCACCUCCCUGAUCAAGGCCCUUCUCCCCCGAUUGCUCAGUUUGGCUGGGCGGCCAGCUCUAGGAAGAGUCUUGGUGGUUCAAAACUUCUUCAAUUUAAGAAUGAUUGAGGCCACUGCAUUCUUGAGGACCUUCAAUGCUGCAGAAUUGUUUUGGUACCCUUUCCCUGAUCUGUGCCUCGACACAAUCCUGUCUUGGAGCUCUACGGACAAUUCCUUCGACCUCAUGGCUUGGUUUUUGCUCUGACAUGCACUGUCAACGGUGGGACCUUAUAUAGACAGGUGUGUGCCUUUCCAAAUCAUGUCCAAUCAAUUGAAUUUACCACAGGUGGACUCCAAUCAAGUUGUAGAAACAUCUCAAGGAUGAUCAAUGGAAACAGGAUGCACCUGAGAUCAAUUUAGAGUCUCAUAGCAAAAGGUCUGAAUACUUAUGUAAAGCCCUAUGGACCCUGGUCAAAAGUAAUGUCAAUUGGGAUGCAGCCAUAGUCAGUGAGCGUUCAGUGCAAAGAAGGAAUGGAUGUUUAGUUAUUUUUGUGACUCAGCCCUAUAGAGUAACAGCCCACCACAUUUCCCGUAUGAUAUUACUCAGCAGAGCCAGCCAGCAAGUCAGGCAGCUCUCUUUAUCUCUGUGUCUGUCACUCUGUCUCUCUCUGUCUUUGUUUCUCACUCUCUCUGAGGGAAUAUAAGUGGGUGGUAGGGCUUUUUAAAUGCAGUCUUUCAAUUUGAUUGACAAGCCAUCUCAAACAGUGAGUCAACGACAGUCUUUUGACACUAACAGGCAGAUUGAGGGUGGAUUUGUUUAAAUGUGGUGGCGCAUUUUAGAAGCAUGACUGGUGAUUCGUGAUUUGUCCAAAUUAUUAGUGACGAAAAAUUGUCGUCGCAUCCCAGUCUGUCGACAGAUACUACUACAAUUUAUGUUAUGUUAAGAGAUUGUCCUAGUAGAUUGAAAUGUUUGCCUGUUAUCCAUUUUAAGUGGAUGUAAUUAGAAAUUUGGUUGUGAGGAUAUUAUUCUAUGAUGAGUUGACUGUAUGUUUUGCAUUAAAUAGGAUAUUGCCUAACUAUUUCCUGUGUUGUACAGGUAACGAGUGGUUGGUAGGGAGCCAGGUGGUGACCGGGCACAUCCAAGAUCUUUCCCAGCCCCUCUCCAUCCCUACCAUACUUCCAACGGUUCCCAAGGCGACAGAGGCCAGCCCCUUCAUCACCCUGAGUGUCUGGGUUUACUGCUGCCUGGCAGGGGGCGGGGCUUGUAUGAUGAAAGCCGCCUCCUUCAUGCAACCUCUCCAGAUAGGCUCCACACCCAGAAAACGGCUCGGUUACCGUGACGCUUGCUCAUGCCUUCUAACUUAACAAGCCUGUAGCUCUUCCCUCUCGUUGGGACUUUGUGUUUCAAAUAUGUUUUAUUUUGAAACGAAGAUUCAAUUAUACAAAUGUACAAAUCCUUUUGAGAGCUCCUUUUUAUCACAAACGAUAACAGUAACAAAUAAUUUAUCACAGGGGACAUAAUCACUGCACCAAUUGAGUAGAGGUAGCAGUUCUCGCACUCCAUAUCAAGCCAGCAGGACGACACAGCAGCGUCAUUGAGCCAAAACGUGACAGAGCGGAUAUUUGCACUCCAAUAGUAACAUAUAAAGUUUGGAAGAGCCAAUCCUCCUUCCAAUGUAGAUUUACAAUGGUUUUUAUUACUUAUCCUAUGUGCUUUGUAUUCCCAAAUAAAUAGGUUUAUAAUCGAGUCCAGUUAAUUAUAAAAGGACUUCGUCAGAAAUAAAGGGAUAUUCUGGAAUAGAUAUAUGGUAUAACAGUUGAGGGAGGAAGACCAUCUUAAUUGCAUUAACUAUAUGGGGGAAUAUAUGGGGGAAGCAUUUUGUUGGGGCUUUGUGGACUGUCGUUCAAAAGUCUAGAGACUUGGAUGGGGGGGCUCUGAAUAAGGGGGCUCAAGGGGGCUCUGAAUAAGGUUUACAUAAUACAUUCAUAAGCACUCCGUAACACUACUUCAGAGCUGGCAAAACUGGUUACAAUUAAAUACAAUUUCAACACAUUUUGUCCUGCUGGGUUUGUCAUAAGGCAUUUACAAACAGUUUGCUCACCAUUUAUGAAUCAUUACUCCCACAUUUGUAGAUGUUAGUAACCUAGUUAUUCACACAUUUAUACAAAAAUAUUUUUAAACCGACGUAUUUAUGAUUCAUAAGAUGGUUAAUAUAGGUCCUUAUAAACCAUUUAGUGAGGGCUUA